GUCUUUGGUCAUUGGCGAUCUUGCCACUGACGUUCACCUAUUAUUAUAAUAAAUAAAUAAAAAAAAUAUCUUUUUUAGAAAUGUUAACAAUAUUACUUCCGUUUUUAUUAUUGCAAGGAUGCAACGGCGUUAUUUAUAAAUUUAAUUCCAGCGCGUACUACCAUAUGCCAGCACUCUACAGCCUGGAUGAGUACGAACGAUGUUUGUCAAACGCUGGCGGCACCUUUUGCCUCAUCGACCUCGACCUCUUCUCCGACCAGCCCUCCGAACUCAUGCGAUACAUACACGAGUAUUCAGCUGACACAAAGAAACAUUUCAAUCACACACGAAUACAUAGAGGUGUAUGUGUGACGCAAAGUUGUUCGUUUCUAAACUACAGCGCAUGGGACCUCAACACGACCCUUGAGGCAUGCGUCAACGAUACUAUUUGGAGGAAUUAUAAAGUACAAGCGAGACUGAAUAAUAUAAAUUACUGUUACAAUGCUGACGACAGAGGAGGUCUAGACACGAGCGACUUAGCUGUGAUCAUCAUCUAUAUGAUUUUAAUUGCGGUCAAUGUUGUAGGAAGCCUAUACGAUGUCCUUUUUUGUCAUCCAAGCAGUAAAUCAGGCAAUCCGUAUAUUCUGUCGUUCUCUUUGAGGCGGAACUGGGCAAAGUUGGUAUCUCCCGCCGGCAUAGGGCCCGAUCCCAGGCUGGAGAGGUUAAAAUCAUUUCAAGGGCUAAGGGCCUUGACAAUGGCGUGCGUUAUAUUUUCACACGUUGCUCUCGCGAUGGGGCAUAGUUAUUUAAGAAAUCCUGAUUUCAUAGAAAAGAGUCUCGAGGACCCGAGCAAACAGAUCCUGUUGAACGGCAACCUGGUGACGCACACAUUCUUCGUGAUGUCCGCCUUCCUGCUCGCCUACAACUUUCAGAUCAACGCCGAAAAGCACAAGGCGUCUCUGUGGGAGUUUCCUAAAGGAGUUCUGUUGAGACUAAUCAGAUUGACACCCACGUACGCGCUGGUGCUGGCGACGUGCGCGACCUUGCUGCGGCACACGGGCAGCGGACCCUUGUGGCAGGAUCUGGUGGUCCGGCAGGCCACCGACUGCCGGCAAUACUGGUGGGCCCACAUGCUCUUCAUACAGAACUACAUCUUCACUGACAAUACUUGCCUCUUGGAGACUUGGUACUUGGCGGCAGACACACAGCUGUUCUGCGUCGGUCUACUGGUGUGUCUGCUGUGCCGGCGGCCACGCGCAAGGCAACUGGCGCUAAUGUCACUGUUCCUGUUGUCUUUGCUAAUCACAGCCGCUACAACAUACUUUAUUGAUCUCGAUCCUAUAGUCAUACACAGUCCAGAAACGAUUCGUAUCCUAUACACGAGGGACAAGACUUUCCACUACUCUUACAUCCAAGGGCACGCCAACCUGUCGCCGUACGUGUUGGGCCUCGCCGGCGGUUUCCUCGCCUACCACUGGCAGACGGACGCCAAAGAUGUGGAAAAGUAUAAAAAGUACCGGUGCGUGGUGUGGUCAAUGUUUCCCCUCGGUGUCCUCCUGCUCCUGUCUGGUGCUGUGUUCUACAUGGACAUCGCCCUUCCCACUUCUUUUAAACUCGCAUAUGCAACUAUCUACAAACCAAUCUUCCAUCUGAUAAUCCUCGUUGUGAUCAUGGGCUGCGUCUUUAAAAUAGAAUCUGUUUACCGCUGCAUAUUGGAAUGGCGCGGGUUCACGUGGGCCGGCCGGCUUACUUACGGAGCCUAUUUGUUGCACACCUCUUUCCAAAGAACAUUAAUUGGCUCACAAGUACAGACUAUCUACAUUGGCGAAUAUAAUGUGUUAGUUGUGAUGUUUGCAACAAUAUUUAUGUCAACACUGGCAUCUGGAGCGCUGUGGCUAUGCUUGGAAUCUCCUGUGGCGGCUCUCAGCAAAGCAUUCUUCUCAAAAAAGGAGCGAAUCGAAACUUAGUAUUAUAAUAUAUUAUAAAAAUAUGUUUAUGGACACACAUACUUAACUUACUUAACAGUCAUACCAACAAUUUAGUAGCAUAAGUUUUUGC